AAGAUAAAAUCUUAUUUACUCAACUCCCCUCUAGCGGAAUUAUUCAUAAUAAUUGUACGACGUUACUGAGUUAGUGUGUCUUAUAAAACUGUAAAAGUAUUUGCAGUUUUGAUUGAAUUCGAUUGUUUGAAUGACAAAAGGACAAAUAUUUAACAAUGAAGGACAAAAGUUUAUCAAAACUCGAAAGCAUGGCAGAUGUACGAGAUAUAUUAGACAUCGAGGUACCCACUACUAGCGAGCUCACAAAAGAAUCAAUUAUAGGCAGUGACAAAAAAAAUCGUAAAAAAUAUGAAUACAAAGUGCCAAAAAGGCCAGAAGGCAUGCAUCGUGAAGUCUUUGCAUUGCUCUGUAAAGAUAAUAAUGAUGUACCACCGUUAUUUCCAACGGAUACUGCAAAAGGAUACAAACAAGUUAGAGCUAAACUUGGUAUGAAAAAAGUUAGGCCAUGGAAAUGGACACCAUUCACUAAUCCGGCUAGGGCAGAUGGUGCUGUUUUUCACCAUUGGAGACGAGUUGCAGAUGCUGGAAAAGAAUAUCCUUUUGCUAAGUUUAAUAAAAAGGUUCCUAUUCCAACAUAUACCAAUGCAGAAUAUGUUCAACAUUUGGUUACAAAUGGUUGGACAAGAGCAGAAACCGAUCAUUUGUUUGAUUUGUGUAGGAGGUUCGAUCUAAGGUUUAUCAUAAUCAAAGAUAGAUGGGAUUGCACAAAAUUUCCUGCAAGAUCUGUAGAAGAUUUGAAAGAAAGAUAUUAUCAAGUAUGUGCAGCUUUGACAAAAGCAAAAUCUCACACUGAUAAAGUUUAUAUAUUUGAUGCUGAACAUGAAAAACGCAGGAAAGAACAGUUAAAAAAAUUAUUUGAAAGAACACCGGAACAGGUAGAAGAAGAACAAAUGUUAUUAACUGAAUUAAGAAAAAUUGAACAAAGAAAGAAGGAGAGAGAUAGAAAAACUCAAGAUUUGCAAAAAUUAAUAACAGCUGCUGAUCAUCAAGCAGAUCCAAGAAAGAAUGAAAGAAAACCAGCAAAGAAGACUGGUGCUUCAGCUCGAAAUAGACCAAACAAAGCAGAUACUUCUCAUACAGUGGAAUCAGCUGGAAUUAAAUUUCCAGAUUUUAAAAAUAGCGGUGUUUCUCUUCGUUCUCAACGAAUAAAGUUGCCGAGUAGUUUAGGUCAAAAAAAAAUGAAGGGUAUUGAACAAAUGCUCAAUGAACUUCGGAUAGAAUUAAAUCCACCACCUACUGAACAAAUAUGCCAACAAUUUAAUGAAUUAAGAAGUGAUAUCGUUUUGCAUUACGAACUUCGGAGUGCAUUAUCGACAUGCGAUUAUGAAUUGCAAUCGUUGAGGCAUCAAUACGAAGCUUUAGCGCCUGGAAAGACAUUAACGAUACCACCUGCCUUGUUACCAAAAACAGAGCCUGAAGUUAAAGCAGACAUAAUAGAUGUGGUGGGUUCACCCAGUAUGCCAUCUAUUACCCACUAAUUUUUUUAAACAAAUUGCCAAAAAUUGUAAAUAAUUUCUUAUAUCGAAAUGUGAUAUUUGGAUCACCGAGUUCAUUUAUUUCAUUCUCCUGUAUAAUUUUUUUUAUUUUUUAUUAGAUAACAAUUAAAAAUAAUUUAACAAAAUGUUGAAAUCAUUGAAUAGAAGGUUUUUUCCUCUCCCACAAUUUCAAGUCAAUUUAUAAGGUGUUGUACAGAUAACAAAUAUAAUAAAAUAACUGGAACGAGACGUUAAUUACUUAUAUAUCUGUGUAUUUUAUAUUGUCGACAAAAAGUAACAAUGUACGGUCAAACCGUAUAAUUUAUCUACAACAAUCUACAAUAGAUUACAAUAUGUUGUUUUGUUUUUGUUGAGGGUUAGAGGGAGGCAGGAAUAUUAGAAUAACGGGAAUUGGAUUUUUUUCGGAAGGAACGGGAAAUCGGGUUAAAAGUGUGGAGGAAAGAUAGUCGAUGCAGGCCUUUCUUCGUUCGUGCUCCGCGCGCGCGCGCGCGCGUUAAUCGCGAUACAGUUGACUGUUUUAAUUCUAUAUUAAAUUACUCGAUAGCUCUAGCCGUACUUGGUACGGAAUAAUGCAUAUAUAUCUGGUUCUUAAUGAUCGAUAACCCACCGCCCGACUUUUCCAUCUACGCCGUGCCGUGAGGACUCUCUCGGUCAAAGUUAAGUAUAAGGAAAAAUUGGGCACAACGUUGGCUGGCAUCGUUGACCCGCAUAUCCGAUCCAUUGUUCGCGAAUCGUGCAUCCUCUCGUCUCUCUCUCUUUCUCUCUUUUUUCUCUUUUUCAAUUCAUGAGCUGACGCUUCGAUCGCGGUUCAUCCUGAUAACAAGAUGUCUUUUAUUUUUUUUUUAACCAAUAUAAUAUAUUAAAUAUAAAAUAUUAUAUAUACUUUUUUCGAUAUUCAAUUUAAA